AUGUGUGGCACUGAGAAACUCUCUGCCAAGCCAACCCUUAACAAAUGUUCCUUGUCUUCAGACAAUGUCACCAAGGAAGAUAACCUCAUUAAUCUCGACCAUGGUGAUCCGACGGUGUACGAGUCGUUUUGGGGGAAGAUGGGGGAGAAAUGCACGUUGGUGAUCAAGGGAAACGACCUCAUGAGCUACAUGAGCGACACGAGGAGGCUGUGCUGGUUUUUGGAGCCGGAGCUUGAGGGAGCAAUCACGAGGUUCCACCGCGUGGCCGGCAAUGCCGCGGUGGAAGAUCGCUAUGUCGUCAUCGGGACGGGCUCCACGCAACUUUACCAGGCGGUGCUCUACGCUCUCACUGCCCCCGGUAGCGGGGCCGGGCCCGUCCCCGUCGUCUCUGCCGCCCCUUACUACUCGCAAUAUCAGGCCGAGACAGAUCUUCUGUGUUCGGGGCUAUACAAAUGGGGUGGUGAUGCAUAUGCGUAUGAUAAGGAUGGACCUUAUAUAGAAGUGGUCACUUCGCCAAAUAACCCAGAUGGUAAUAUUCGUGAAGCCGUCGUGAAUAGAAGUGGUACUGGCGAAGGCAAGGUUCUGUAUGACCUUGCCUACUAUUGGCCACAAUACACCCCCAUAACUCGCCCUGCUGAUUAUGACAUCAUGUACUUCACAUUUUCCAAGAGCACAGGACAUGCUGGUUCCCGCAUUGGUUGGGCGCUUGUCAAGGAUGAGGAGGUUGCUAGAAAGAUGACAAAGUUCAUAGAACUAAGCUCGAUCGGUGUAUCGAAAGACUCCCAAAUCCGAGCUGCAAAGAUCAUGGGGGCGAUUUGCGACAGCUACCAAGAUUUGAAGUCAGGAAACUCUGAAAACUUCUUCGAAUUUGCUCAUCAGCUCAUGGCCAAGAGAUGGAAGAGGUUAAGAGAAGUUGUUGCGGAGGUCAGUGAGGUUUUCAGUCUGCCCAAGUACCCAAAAGAAUACUGCCUUUUCCAUGGAGAAUUCACCGAGUCAUACCCUGCAUAUGCGUGGUUGAAGAGCAAUGAGAGUAUAGAAGACUGCGAGAAGUUCUUAAGAGAACAUUGUAAGAUAGCGGGCAGAGGUGGGAGACGCUUUGGAGUCGAUCCAAGUUAUGUCAGAGUUACUAUGCUGAGCCGGGAAGAGGCGUUUGAGCAAUUCCUGCAGAGGUUGCUGAGUGUCAAAGACAUAAAAAAACGGGCAUUAAUUGUAUGA